AUGUCUUCUACUGUUGCACGUGUGGAAAGUCCAGAUGGAGAUGUCGAGUCAAGUUUAACAAAUAAUGAUCCCGCUUUGGCGGACGCUUUUCCAGAAGAACUAGCCAGUUGGCAUGGGUAUAUCGAAUGGCAAAAUUAUCCUGAACGUCGAAAGAAAGCACAUGACAUCUUGGCGGCUUACAAGGACAAGUUUACACCGAUUCCUGAAUUUCAACUCAAACCAUUGCCUGAAACGAAUCCAAUUCUAGUUGGGCAUCGAUGGAAAGAAUAUCAUGCUGUGCUCGGUCCAACACUCAAAGAUAUACCGGCUGAAUCAUGGGCACUCGUACAAAAAGAAAAGGCAGCUGACAUGGUUCACGUACUCGAUUUCCCGUACAAUGGAGAACCGCCACGGGAUAAACUGAUGCAGGGUAAAAUAACACCAAACAAAUACCAUUUCGUGCGUAAUCAUGGAGGCAUUCCAACGAUUGACAAAGCUGCUUUCAGACUAAAUAUCGGUGGGUUGGUAAACAAGCCGCAAACAUUGACAUUGGCUGAUCUUCAAGAUCCAAACAAAUUCGAACCCGUCGAAGUAACGGUCACUCUGCAAUGUUCGGGUACGCGUCGUAUCGAACAGAUUCAUGAAUAUCCUGGAGAUGGCGACGAAUUGAUUAACGCACCAUGGGGCGAAGGAGCCAUUGGUACAGCUCGUUAUCGCGGAGUGUCUCUUAAGAAAGUCCUGAAAUAUUGUGGUGGCAUGAAAGAUAAUGCUCGUCAUAUAGAAUUCCUAGGCGCCGAUACGUAUUUCAAGAAACUAGAAGUAUACAACUAUGCUGUUAGUGUGCCUCGCCGAAAAGUAGAAGCAGUUAAUGAAGUUCUACUCGCAUGGGAAAUGAAUGGUGAACCAUUACCGGCUAUUCAUGGAGCCCCACUUCGCAUGGUUGUCACAGGUUUCAUCGGAGCAAGAUCAUGUAAGUGGGUGUAUCAAAUCAAUGUUCUCGAUGAACCAUCGCAUGGUCCUGUACAACGAAAAGAGUAUCUCUACUACGGACCUCAAACAGGAAAACAGAAUGUUCAGUUUUCUAAUGGAUUUUCUAUUCAAGAAAUGCCUGUUUCUUCGGCCAUCAUGACUCCGAAGGACAGGGAGGUCGUCGUGCAUCGAGGCCAGAUUGAAAUCACUGGAUGGGCAUAUUCAGGUGGUGGAAGAUGGAUAGAAAGAGUUGAUGUAUCAGCUGACGGUGGACAUAUCUGGUAUCAAUGCAAACCUGAUGACAUGACAGAAAAACACUAUCAUGCUUGGCGAUUGUGGAAAAUUACUUUACCCUUGCACGCCGAAGGUUGGCUUGAAUUGUGUGUUCGAGCUUUUGAUAAUGCCUGUAAUACGCAACCUACAUUUGUACGCAGUACCUGGAAUUGGGAUUUGCAUGUGACAAGUUCGGCUCAUCGCAUCAAAAUUUAUUCGGUGAAUGCAUCACAUGAAGAUACUGCUCGACGACUACGUGAAUUGAAAGAAAACGGCGAUUCUCUCGAACCAAUUACUCGUCCACUCAUGUUUCAUAUCGAAAGCGAUGAACACUACAAUGAAAUGGUUAAAAAACAUCCACGUGAACCUGAAGAAUAA